AUGCAAAGCACACGUGACCCAGCCAUCGCUGAGUUCAGGUGGUAUGCAGGCCAAAAAGGCCCAUGGAGACUAUGGGUUACCCGGCACUGGGCUUUUCUUGGAGGGUGGCCUGCGAGGGCCAAGGAUGACAAGAAUAGACCCAAGCCCGUGGCAGAUAGGGAGAUCUUUCCCCACAGUCUGAGUCCCAGGGAUGAUCAGAAAAGGGAAAUGUUGAAACCCCAGACACACCAAAGGGAGAGACAGCAAUGGGAGCCCAUUAGGGGUGUAUGGACUCACCAAGAAGAUGUCCAGUGUUGGAUGCGAGCGAGGGCAAUCAGGAGGAUGAGUCCUGGCCAGUCACGUCCUCAGAGUGUUUGUGGGGUAACUGCAGAGCUAUUCAACUGGAAUGAAUCAACACAUGAAACAAAUCAUUCUGUGGUGACUGAGUUCAUUUUUCUUGGACUCUCCAAUUCUCAGGAACUUCAGAUUUUCCUGUUUCUGUUCUUUUUGGUGUUCUAUGUAGGAAUUGUGUUUGGAAACCUUCUUAUUGUCAUAACUGUUGCUUCUGACUCCUACCUUCACUCCCCCUUGUACUUUCUGUUGGCCAACCUCUCACUCAUUGAUCUGUCUCUGUCCUCAGUCACAGCUCCCAAGAUGAUUACUGACUUUUUCAGCAAGCACAAAUUCAUCUCUUUCAAGGGCUGCCUGGCACAGAUAUUUCUCCUUCACUUCUUUGGUGGGAGUGAGUUGGUGAUCCUCACAGCCAUGGCCUUUGACAGAUAUGUAGCAAUUUGCAAGCCCCUGCACUACACUACAAUUAUGUGUGGGAAUGUGUGUGUAGGCAUUGUGGCUGCUGCAUGGGGAAUUGGCUUCCUCCACUCAGUGAGCCAGUUCGCGUUUGUACUGAACUUAUCCUUUUGUGGUCCCAAUGAGAUUGACAGCUUUUAUUGUGACCUUCCUUGGGUAAUUAAAUUAGUCUGCACAGACACCUACAGGUCAGAUAUCAUGGUCAUUGCUAACAGUGGUGUGCUCACCGUGUGUACUUUUGUUCUUCUAAUCAUCUCCUACACUGUCAUCCUAACGACUAUCCAGCAUCGUCCUUCAGAUAGGUCAUCCAAGGCUCUGUCCACUUUAACUGCUCACAUCAUAGUAGUUCUUUUGUUUUUUGGACCAUGCAUCUUCAUUUAUGCCUGGCCAUUUCCCAUUAAGUCUUUGGAUAAAUUCCUUGCUGUGUUUGAUUCUGUGGUCACUCCUCUCUUGAACCCCAUUAUAUACACACUGAGGAACAAAGACAUGAAGACUGCAAUGAGACGACUGAGAGAUCGAAAUGUGAAUUCCAGGGUAAAGUGA